AUUAAAUGUCUGGUUCGCGAAUCAAGUGCACGUCACAUGAUUUAGGUGAUCCCUUACGCGCACCCGCGCCGCUCGCAGUCGAUAAUCAGCCCUUGAACUUGGAUGGAUGGCCUCCAGCUACCACCCCAUCGCACCCGUCUCAAUCUCUAGUUAUCCGCAGCCGGUAACAGCACUCUCGUUCGAUCCUGCAUCCGACACACUCUGGACUGGACUCAACUCGGGCAAUGUCGUCGCCUGCCACGGUACGGCAGGCAUGCGUGGAGUGUCGUUCCCAGUUGGUGGGUCAUUGGCGGUUGCCAAGAUACUCGCGGGCGAAGGUUAUGUGCGUGCCAUUGGUGUAGCCGGAGAUGGGCUGGGAUCCUGGACCAAGGGCGGUGUCAACAAAUGGUUCUGUCGCUCCCCACCUACUCUCACCACAUUCUCCAAUACAUCCGUGGCUUCUCAUACUCUGGCUGCCUCAUCGGUCGGCCCAGAACUACUGCUCUUGAACUCGGCGACUGGAGCAGUCUUGAGACAAGCACCUUGCCCUUCCCUGUUGACACACCUGGAGUUCUCGCACUCAUCUAUCUUUUCCGGAGCGUCCGAUGGACUGGUUCGCGUGCACGAUCCACGCACCGCUCUUGCGCGGUCGGAAUCGCAGGUCCGGGCGCAUCACGGAGGGAUUCAGGGUCUCCAAGUCGCAACCAAUUACAUCUACACCAUCGGGCUUGGUCUGAGACAGUCGCGGCCGUUCCCCGAUCCAUUGGUCAAAGUGUACGACAUGCGCACCAUGCGAGCAUUGACGCCGAUCCCGUUUUCCUCCACGCCCGCCUUCCUGAGUCUUGUGCCCAAGCGGUCGUCGUCCAUCCUCGUUGCUUCAAACCAAGGCCUGAUCAAUAUUGUUGAUGUCCUCAGCAACGCCAGCGAGUUCUAUCAGCUCGAUAUCAGCUCUUAUCUGACGUCCCUCGCCGUGUCACCUACCGGUGCCUAUAUUGCAAGUGGUGACGGUGAGGGAAUGGUGCAUAUUCUGUCGCAAGUUGAUGAAGAGGGAACUGUCCCUUUCAACGGAUUCGAUGGUCAGCCCGUAGAAUGGGCUGAUCCUCCGACGGCACUGCCCGAGAUUGAAUGGUUGCCGUCGACACCUCUCAAUACCAUCGGGAUGCCUUACUACGACUCGCCUCUCUUGUCUUCGUGGUCUCCGCUCUUCACAUCAGGUCACGUGAACUACCCAGCGCCCCCCAAGAUCCCAAUGCAAGUCCUGAGCACGAUGAAGCUCAACGACAAUGUAGCCUAUGCAGCGCUGCCCAAGGACCUUAAAGGCCGUCGCAACAUGGUCAGCACGACCCGCAACAAGAAAGGCCGAUUCCGCAGCGGGAAGUCCAGGGCGAAUGAAUCUGAUCUAGACACCCCGGCGUGGGAAUCUGGGGGCAGCGCCACACCGAGAAUUUAUCGAAAGGUAGAAAUCGAAUACUCCAAGUUCGGGGUUGAAGACUUCGACUUCGGAUUUUACAACAAGACCGAGUUCAGUGGAUUGGAAACCCACAUCCUCAACUCUUACACCAACGCCUUAGUCCAGGUGAUGCAUUACAGCACUCCUAUCCGACAGCUAGCCAAGUCGCAUAUCACCACAAGCUGCCCGCGGGAACAUUGUCUCCUCUGUGAACUGGGAUUCGUUGUCCGAAUGCUUGAGGAUGCCCACGGAACAAACUGUCAAUCAAGCAACUUCUCCUCGAAUGCCAUCGAACUUAUAGACUAUGGGCGAGAAACGAGGGAUGUCAAUUAUGCUCUGGUGAUCCAAGCAUUUCAUCGAUUUUUGCUCGACCACUUGGGUCUCGAAGGCAAUUUCUUCCUGGACAAUCCAUCGCUUAAGGGUGUCCCUACCGCAACUCAACUCGUCGGCCUCAAUGCUGUCACCACCAUCACGUGUUCGCACUGCCAAGUAACCAGAUCCAAGGAGAAUAUGACCCACAUCCUCGAUCUGACAUAUCCUCGUCCAGCCCCAGCUGAGCCUCUCGAGCUUGGAUCUCUUGUCCGAAUGUCGCUCCUUCGAUAUACGACACACAAAGCAACCUGUCCGUCUUGCAAGCAUGUGGCCAACUUUUUUUCGCGGCGAUCAAUCGCAACGCGAGAUUUGCCGCCCAUACUUGCCAUCAAUGCCGCUGCUCACACAUCGGAUGCCCUGGCUUUCUGGAUGGACAACCGCAGCCAAACGUUCGUGAAACCUCAGAUCGAAGUGCGCGGUCAGAUUGAUGGUGUGGACGACCGCGAGAGUGUGGUCUAUAAACUUCGGUCCAUGGUGGUGCAGAUUGUAACGAGAGAGAAGAGCUCACAUCUGGUGGCCAUCGUCAAAGUUCCUGAAGCUGAAGGACGGGACGGACUUGCAAGUCCCUGGUAUUUGUUCAACGAUUUUGUAGUUCAAAAUAUCACCGAGGAAGAGGCUCUGAGCUUUCCGGACACAUGGAAGGAAGAGACAGAGUUCCGAUCAGACGGGAGUAAACAGGUUCUCAGACCUGCACGACUGAGUCUAGCGCGAGUCUCUGUGCUCAGAGGAAAUGGACCGAAACAGGGCGUCCCCUUCAUCGAUGAUCAUAUCCACACCAAUGUGUGUUCCGCUCUUGUAGCCACACUACCAUUGCUCAUCAGCGCACCAGUCGGAGAUCUUGAUCCAACGAUAUCGCCUCAUACUCUCACGCCUCUCAAGGUUGUUUACAAAAAGCUGCGUCUGCUGGUGGAUCGGGGAUGCAUCUUCAUUGGCCACGGGUUGUCGAAAGACUUCCGUAUUAUCAACAUCUUUGUUCCCCCCGAACAGGUGAUUGAUACGGUGGAUUUGUACUUUUUGAAGGCACGACAACGGCGGCUAUCACUGCGUUUCUUGUCUUGGUUCGUGCUGCACGAGAACAUUCAGACGGAUACCCACGACUCGAUCGAGGAUGCGCGCUCGGCCUUGAAUCUAUACAAGGCGUACCAUGACUUUGAAGAGCAGGGAGUCUUCGAUAAAAAACUGGAGGAAGUCUACAAGGAGGGACGCCAAUAUAACUUCAAGCCGCCCGUGCCGGAAACUCCUUCAGCGCCUGUCGGGAACACAUCUAACCAGCUCUCGUUCCUGUCACAAGAGCAUCGUAACGCACUGACCAUGGGGCACGCCUUUUCGCUCAAUCUCAACAACCGUAACGCUGGAUUGCAUCCCCUUCCUGCUCCUGUCGUCCACGCGGGCUUCUCUGUGCCUCAAUCCAAAUCGACCGUUUUGGCCGGUGUUCAAGACGCGUAUUGGAGCGACGAUGAAGCGGAGGACGCGGAGUGCCCGCUCUGCCUUGAAGAGAUGGAUAUUUCAGAUCUCAACUUCAAGCCUUGCAUUUGCCGUUUCUGUUGGCACCACAUCAAGGAGAACCUUAACAAGCGUUGCCCUGCCUGCCGGCGGAUUUACACCGAUGAGGGCGUGGAGUUCAAGGCCGUAGCGACCCAAGACCACAAGCGUCUCACGCAGCAGAAGAAACAGCGCGAGCGGGAGCGCAAGGAACUCGAUGCCCUCGGCCGACGCCAUCUGGCCAACGUACGCGUAGUGCAGCGUAACGUGGUCUACGUCGUAGGCAUCGGACCCCGCUUUGCCAAGGAAGAACUCAUCCCCACGUUGAGAUCCAACGAGUACUUUGGGCAGUACGGCAAGAUCACGAAGAUUCUGCUCACGAAGCGCACUCCUUCCGGUGGCGGGGCACCCGUGAUUGGUCUGUAUAUCACGUACCAUCGGCGAGAGGACGCGGCUCGGGCGAUUGCCGCGGUCGAUGGUACUGCGUCUCCUGGAGGAGGACGUGAGAUCAUGCGAGCUAGCUACGGUACUACCAAGUACUUGGGGAGACGAGAAGGAUUGUUCACCAAGGAGGAUCUAUCGACUCUCAAACAUACGAUGAAGGCCACCGAAACAAGGUCGAGGACCGUGGUCGGGAGCUUACCUAAAUCCGCAGCCUGGGGUAAAGGAUCCAGUACACCUGUUCCAUCCAUUCCGGCAUCUAUUGCCAUACCGAUCACGACAAGACCUGCACGACGUGGGGCUGGCUCUUCACGGCAGACGCGUACGGCCGCCACAACCAGCUCUGGUGUGCCUGCCACAUCUAAAAAGACCGCUUCGUCCGGAAAGCUAUCACAGAUCCCAUCCCGUCCGUCUACUCCAUCAGCCUCGCUAUCGGCACGGCCUGCCAGCCCGGUUGAUGUCAAAGUCAAAGAGGUCGUGGAGAGCGUGAUUCAGCCUUCGCCGUCUCCGGCGCCUUCUGUUGCAGCCGAAUCUGAUCUGGGCUCAGCCCCGACUCCCUUAUCGCCUGUCCGGCCCCAGUCGACUGACUCAGCAAUAUCUUCUGCACCUUCAGUACCGCCCGGCAUUCCUGCCGUGCCACCUGGUCUAAGUGGGCCCCCCGGUAUCGCUGGUCCGAGCCGUCCGCCACGUGUUGCUACUGCUUCACCGCAAACUCCACUUCUGGCGUCACAGUCAACAUAUCAAAUGUCCACUGCAGCACGUGCUUUGCUCGACGAUGUUUUCCAACGUCGGGAGAAUGUCCCCGUCAGCCAGCCAUUUCCGGACUUCGAUAGAACGCUCCAGGUGUGGGAGCAAGACCAGACGGGCGGCUUCAGCUUUAAUUUGGACAUGAAGUUGGCUGGGUCGGAAGCUGACGGCGACACCGCCACUCUGGAUCUGGGAUUACCUGAAUUGGCGAAUGAAUCGAGGAUGGCCUUCAAGGGAACAUAUGUCGAUGCUUUCCCUGCCUUGCGGUCGACCUCUUCCCCAAGUCCCUCACCGUACAUGGGCCCGCCUGGUUUGCCAUACUCACACAACCCGAGUCGAUCCAUCUAUGAUCCGUUGUCCAUUCGACCUCCCGUUGAACGGCAGUCAACUGGUGGAUCUUCUACUGGAUAUCUCGGCUCUUUCAACCCGUUCUCUGAGGGCUCAGAAGACUCUACUGCGACCCGUUCGCCGCUAGAGGACGAUAUGGCCAGUAGGAAAGUUUCUCGGUUUGGCUUUGCGCGUGGUCGACAAGGCUCGACAGGUACCGUGGGAGGAUCGACUUCUUCGCCACUGCACAUUCCUUCUCCGCUCGCCAGCGAAUCACAUUCGUUCUAUAAUUCCUCCGAACGGGCGACACCGCCUCCCUGGAGUGGGACCUCUACUAGCUCAUAUUACAACGGAUCGGCAGGCAGCUCACCCCUGGUCUCUCAUGCGCAGCCGGCAUACAGUCUGAACCAACAGCACAGUCGGUUUCAUCCGUUUGACUCCGGUGUGAGCGAGGCUCAGUUGAGAGAGUUGAUACAAAGUAGCCGGGAACGACCCAAUGAUAACCUCAACCACGCUCAUGGCCAGCAAGGGUUCACUGACCCGGCCAUCAUGGCGGCAGCUUACACGAAUGCGACUACCUACAACACCACUGCGUCAUUGUCUUACGGCCCUCCGCCUGGGAUUGCUUUUGGACCACCGGGGAUCACGAGCAUGCCGAACGUAGAGAUGAACAAUGUUUCACCCCCACCGACCUCGCUGUCCACCACCGAUUUCCCCGCACUCUCCAUGUCGACAUCUGUUGAAGCGCUUCCGUCGGCGCCUGCGGACGAAGGCACGAUCGCCCCUGUCUCAGUGACGGACAAGGCUUUGGAAAAAGCUGAACGCAAGGCUGCGAAGAAAGCGGUUGCUGCUGAAAAGGCUGCCGAGCGGCAACGGAUCGUGCAGGAGAAGGCGGCUGCCAAGAGUGCUGAACGAGCGCGACUUGCUGCGGAAAAAGCUGCGGAAAAAGAACGUCUGGCAAAGGAGAAAGCAGAGCUGGAGCAGGUUGCCAAGGAGAAAGCGGAGAAGGAGAAAGCAGAGAGGAUUGCUCGAGUGGAGCAGCAGAAAGCGCUGGAGAGGCAGAAAGAGGCAGCCGCCGAGAAGGAGAAAGCCAAGGCAGCUGCGGCAAAAGCCAAAGCUGUCGCAGAGCUAGAGAAGAAGAAGAGCGAGACUGCGCAAGCGACGAAGAAAGCGGCCGUCGCUGCCGCUGCUGCCGAUGUCCCCGGGUCGAUGGCACCGCUUCUGUCCAGGCAAACGAAGAAAAACAAGCCGAUCGCGAAACCAGUCAAGUUCGUGACCAAAGAGGAGGAGCCUCGGGUGCCCCCGCCACCCUCGAUGUCGUACGAAGAAUUGGUGAUGAAGUCUGGUUCGGUGACGAGCUCGAACAAUAAUUCGCGUGCCGAAUCCAUCGUCGACGGAGACAGCUUCCCCACGACGCUGGACGAGCUUUUGGAGGAUAUCCACGUAAUGAAUCCGAGCAUGGAUCUUCCAAACCACAUUUUCUUCGAUGUGCACCGGCUGAACCCUGCAAGCAAGAUGCCUCUUGAGUAUGGGCCGCUCGUACAUGCCUUGUCUGCGUUAUCCGUCGGCGGUGGGUCGUUCGCAGCUGGCGUGAACGGCGCUGCGGGUUCUGGGCCGGCUGACACGGCUAUCUCGUCCUUCCAAGAGCUGCUUGAAACCCUCACGCAGACUAUCUCAGCGCUUUUGCGGCUCCUUCCGCGAACGACGUGGGACGAGAGCUCGUACUUUGACGGUGUGCUGGGCGAGAUGCUGAAGGGUGGCGAUUAUGAUAACAACCUAGACGACUCGAAGGACAACAACGUCGAGGCGCUGACACUUGCCUUGGAACGCAGAGCCCGUUGGAUGGAGGUGCAGUUGACCAAACUGGAGGAGCUGCAUCGGGACAUUAACACAGCCGCUGUCCGAGCGGUACUUUCGUUCAACGACAGCGGCUGGGACGCGCAGGGGUUCCUUCCCCGCGUCGGCGACACCUUGUACGAGUUUGAUUGCGUUGGAUUGGUUGAGGAGAAGGAUGGAUCGAUGCGGGCCAUGACGGUGGACGAGCUAGAGAAGAAAUUGGUCGUUACCCAGGAAGCUGCGUUGUUCGCGGAGACCGAGGUUAGAGAGAUGAUGGAGAAGAUGAACAUGAUCAGGCCGUUGGAGGAUGAUUAG